UAUUGUUCGCUUCGUUUCGUUGGUUGGUCUUUGGUUUGGUGGUGUCGUAGUCGUGCUGUCAUCUGUUGUGUAUUGACCGUGUUCCCGUAAAAUCUCGUGAAAUCUCGAAUCUCAUUGAUAAAUCAAAUCUUCUUUAAUUUAUUACCAUAUUGAUAUGAAAUUAAAAUUUGUAUAUAUUGUAGAUUUUGUAAUAAACUUUGUUUUGGAUAAUUUGUGAAAUCAUUGUUAUGUUUUUCUUGAAGUUCGUUUGAAUAGUUUUUUUUUUUCUUCCAACUAAUUGCACUUCAUUACGUAAAUUAUUGUAAUUCAAUUGAAAUUUCUCAGUUCGAUUUCAUUUAUGCGUAAAAAGUGUUCAUUCAUUAAUGUAAUCAAUCAUUAGAAUAGAAUACGUUUGCCGUUCCCGUUCGUUGGUGGUUGGUUAUCAAGAGAAAGAUAAUCAUCGAAUAUUGUUUAUAACUUUGUAUGUUAUCAACAAACUAAAAUAUUAUCUUGUCUUCGUUAAAAAAAAGCUCAACAUUGGAGGAUAACCGAACCGAAUCGUAACGUCGUCGUCGAUAUCAACAAAUCUCAAAAAUGAAAUCAAAUGACGGUAAUGAGCCUGACAUUGGCCAACAUGAGACAGUCUACGUAACGCCGCACAAUCGAACGUAUUCGUCUGAAGCGGAAUAUCGAAUAAGACCCGACAACGACAGACCAAACGAGAAUAGUUCCCUCCUCUAUCCAAACAUGCGGGAGAAACUAUGGAAAUAUCGUGAUAUCAUCAAGAAUCGAAGCCUAAUCGUCGAUUUGCUGGCAAUAUUCUUCGGCAUCGGAACUUGGCUUUGCGUCAAUGGAACAUUCCUUCAACUCCCGUUGCUGGUAAAAACGGCCCCAGAAUACUGGAGUCUUCCCUCAUAUCUCAGCGUCGUGGUACAAAUUGGAAAUCUGGGACCAAUAAUUUAUACCGUUCUCCAGAGUAUCUCUAGAAAUAAAAUAAACGAAUCGAUAGUUAUCUACCAGCUUCUUGCAACUGGAACAAUUUCCACAAUACUUGCGGCAUUCUUUUAUGAUCGGACAGCAACUAUAUUGGAUAAGGAAUACAGUGUGGCACUUUAUAUAUUUACAUUCUGCUUUGCUCUGACAGGAUGUACGAGUUCGGUGUUGUUCAUGCCCUACAUGGGACGAUUUAAGGAAAUUUAUUUGAUCACAUAUUUUGUUGGUGAAGGAUUGAGUGGACUGUUACCGAGUGUGGUAGCUCUAAUUCAAGGAGUUGGUGGCAGUACUCAAUGUAUCUUUAAUCAGACUGAAUCGGUUUGGGAGAAGUACACUCCCCCACCACUAUUCGGAACAAAGGACUUCUUUAUAAUUAGUUUUGCUCUGAUGCUUUGCAGUUGCAUUGGAUUCCUCCUACUGGACCGUCUUAAAUUGGCCAAAAAGCAGUACGCCAAUGUGACGGUGACAACUGGCAACGCUUAUACUUAUGAAAAGGAUGAACGUAAUGCAGGAGCCGUUGAGGAGCUUCCACAAAUCUCAUCUACUCAGUACAAUUGGAUGUUGAUACUGAUGACACUGAUUGGCUUCUUCGCCAAUGGCAUGUUCAAUAGUAUUCAAUCGUAUUCGACAAUGCCGUACGGCAAUCAGGCAUACCACUUGGCAGCUACUCUCAGUGUAAUAGCCAAUCCGGUGGCUUGUUUUCUGGCCGUCUUCCUGCCUCACACUAGCUUAAAGUCCAUUCUUUCGCUAUUAAGCAUUGCAGCCUUAUGUACAAUCUACGUCUUUGUGACAGCUGUUAUGAGCCCAAGUCCAUUUUUAAUGGGAUCCACUUGGGGCAGUGUGCUAGUUAUAAUCGUAUGGACUCUCCUGAUUGGAAUCAUAAGUUAUGUCAAACUAUGCAUAACAUCGGUGAUGCGCGCUCAAGGAGGCAAAUCGCUGGUGUGGACAGGAGCCGUUUCACAAAUUGGCUCUGCUGUCGGUUCAGUAUUGAUAUUUGUUCUCAUAAACUACACUUCAAGUUUUAAGUCAUACGAAGAAACUUGCGGCUAACAAUAAUACCAUCGACUGUUUGAAACUAGAUGAAUAACAAAAUGUGUGAUACUCUCUAAAUAUUCAAAUUUUGUAAAGUUCAUAAAUAAUUAACAACAUAUGUAUUUUUGUUUUUAAAGAAUUCAUGAAGAAUUCAUGUAAUUCAUGCAAUUUGUCAUAAUGGCAUAAAAUCAUUACUUGAAAAUGAUGAUGACUGGAGUAGACUCCAUAUAAUUAUUAUGUUAACUAAAAUUUAUAUUGUUCAAAUUUUCUAAAGUUCUAAAAAUUUAAGAAAUUUAAAAUAUUGUACUUAAUUAUUUUCAUUUUGAUAGAACAAAACCUAAAACAAGUCUAAAACCAAACAAGUCUUAAACUGAAAGAUAAUAAGUAUAAAAUAAUAUUAAAUAUUAUGUUUUUUAAAUGUUAAAGACACAAACAAAUUGUUUUCCUAAAAUAUACACAUAUUAUACACAAUUAAAGAUACCACCUAAGGAAGGGGGACUUCAUUUAAAUAAAAGAAAGUUUUUCUUGUAUAACAACA